GAUGGACCAUCAUGAAAGACUUUUGAGUGUUCAUUCUUUCCGAACCUAUUUUGAAUUCGUUAUAAAAAAGAUGAAUUUCGUGCUGAUGGUUCUGGUUAGUACGAGUUUGGUGAUCACGGUUUCAGUGUCAUACCAUGUGGUCGAGAAAACGGAUUUCGAAUUGAUGUACGAUCUUCGCUUCGUCAAAGAGUGUACAAACGAAUUGAACCUGGAACUGAGCCUCAAUACGAGUAACUAUAAUUUUACUGUAGCAGACCUAAAAUCCAUCGGUAUACCAAAAACAUUAGAUGAAGGUUGCUUACUAGAUUGUUACCAUUUUAAAAUGGGCCAGAUCAGAAAGAGGAAACAGCCAGACUUCAUGGAAUACAGAUUCAUUGGUCAGCCUCCAAAAUCAGGAAUCGAUUUGACGAAUAAAACACAAAGUUAUAUUAAGAAAGUGGCUGAAGCUGAGGCAGAUUGUGGCAAGUUUCUCACAACUAUGGUUAUUAAGGAGUGCCACCUGGUUUUUCAACACAGGUAUUGUGUUGCGAAAGUUCUAAACGGUACAAGACUGCAAUUAUUACACUGAUUGAUGAUAUGACAACCUAGGUACUGAUGAUUUGUGUUAUUCGUAGUCGUACUAGAUGUCUCUUUAUUUGGAGCACAAUAAUUGUUAACAAUAAUUAUUCUUAAACUUUUUCCAAUGGUUUGUAGAAAUAAUUUUGUUUUAAUGAGAUGUUUCAUUUUUGUUAUUGUUGCUGUAUGUUUCGUAAAUUUUAGAAUUUUUUGUGAAGCUGCUUUGUUAUUUGUAGGAUUUUAAUUGAUUCACUUGAUUAAUUUAUGAAUUUUGUAUAAUCAAUUGUCAAUAUGUUAACGUUUUGUAAUAAAAAUUCUGAUAAUUA